UUUGAAAAGUGUUUUAAAUUUUGGACCCGGAACUUUCGGACCCGUGUUAAGAUAUCAUAUCAUCAUCGCACUGCGCUUUAAUUUUGAUCAACGUUUAAUAGGAUAUGAAAAUGUUAGAUUUAAUUCCUAAAUUCUCUUUGUUUUUCAUAAAAAGAAAUUCUUUCGCUACAAGUUGUGGCAGAUUUAGAAUAUAUACUCGUACAGGUGACAAAGGAAAAUCUUCUACAUUCACUGGAGAAAGACGGAAUAAAGAUGAUUAUGUAUUUGAAGCACUUGGAACCACUGAUGAACUUACAAGCACAAUAGGAUUUGCACGAGAAUUUUUACCUGAAUCAUGUGAACAUAUCAAUAAACAAUUGCAGGAAGUGCAGUGUAUAAUACAAGAUCUUCAAGCAGCUGUGGCUACUCCUAAGAGUUCUAGUAAACAGCGUCAUACUGAUAAAACUAAGUUUCCAGGAGCACACAUAGAUACUUUAGAGCAUUGGAUUGAUGAACAUACUAAAAAACUUCCACCACUGAAUAAUUUCAUUCUGCCUUCUGGAGGACCUGGUAGUGCUGCUUUACAUAUGGCUCGAUCCAUCUGCCGACGUGCGGAAAGAAGGGUUGUACCUCUAGUAAGAGAUGAUGAGGUUGAUGAAGCUCCAAUGCGUUAUUUAAACAGGCUUAGUGAUUAUUUGUUUACAGUCGCCAGAGUAACAGGCAUAGCAUGUGGACGAGAAGAAUUUAUUUACUGGCAACCCAAGCCAAGAAAUGCGAAAGAAUCUAAAUAAGCAUUCUAAACUCUUACAUUAUAUAGUUUCAUAUUUGUUUACUAAGUUUCAAUGGAUAAAUAUUAUUGAUUGUUAUAUUUAUCAAUUCAUGGUGCCUGUGUCACCAUGUAUAAUAUAUUAAGAAUUUAAAAAACAUACUUAAUAUUACUUAAGAUAUAGAAUCUAUUUUAAAAAUAACAACAUGAUAUAACAAUUUAUGUAUUGCAAUUUAUAUGUGUAUUGUUAUUUUUGAAUAUAUAUAUAUAUAUAUAUAUAUAUAUAUAUAUAUAUAUAUAUAAGUGUUAGUUCCAGAAGUGAAACAAUAAUUGCGAAAUUUAAUUGUUCACUCCUUCAGGCUGCAAUUUCUUUGCUUGUUCACUAAAUUAAAAAUUAUCAAUUUCCUUAAAGUAAAAAAAAAAAUUGUAGAUAAAAAGAAACUUAACUUAAACAUUUAAUGAAUCAGCAAAAAAAUGUUAUUAAACUCAUUAGUAAUAUUUCAAACAUAAAACAAAUGCUGAUUAUUGGCUUAAUUUUCUUGAAAUAGGCAGGACCACAUGUUCCUACAAAUACAAAAGUUAGGAAACUCUUAUUUCUUCACAUCACACUUUUAAAGAAUAUUUAUACAAAAAUAAAAUGCAUUUAUGGUCAAACAAUUUGAAAAAUAAGGACUUAUUUUUACAUAAUAUAUAUUAUUUUUCUUAAUAUUAAAAUUGCUGACACUUUGCCUUUUCAUUAAUUUAGCAAAGCCAUCUAAUUUUAUUUCUUCUCAUAAAUCUUUCUAUUACAAUUAAAUCUUAGCAAGAUUACUAAAACUUUUGAUAUAUAUUUGAAUUGCAACAAUUCAUGUGUUGUGUCUGCUUAAUUUUUCUUUGGAGCAGAAAUUUGAAGGGAAAAGAUAAACUUUAUACCAAUCCAAGUCUUGUUGAAGGUAGCCUCCCUCUAUGUUUGGCCAUCUUUGUGCCUGCAUGAUUUAAGUUUACUUUACAUAUGUAUCACUCAUUUUUUAAAAGCUUAAAAAAAAAAACUAAAUAUUUUUAUUUAAAGGAGCAAUGUGAUAUAAUAGAUUUUAUAUUUCUAUAUAAUUAGUAUAUAUAUAUAUAAAACCAAAUUAGUAAAAAUAAAAAGGAAUAAAAGUAGAAUCAAAAGUACAAUCUAAAAUAAUAUAAGAAUCUGGCCUGAAGACUUUCUCAAGGGUCACCUUUAUGCAGGGAUUCAAAACAAGAGAUUUUUUUUUUCUGUGAGGGGUCUGAUUUUUUGUCCAACAAUACUGACCCCCUUGUAAACCGAAAAUCCCCUGAAAUUGAGGCCUAAGAGAAUAUAUAUAUAUAUAUACACUUUUUUUAAGAGUUUAUAAAAAAUAUUUUUCAAGGAAUAUACAGCUGGAUUUAUUACUUACCAUGUAUAAAAAUCAUUUCUUAAAUUUAAAACAAUUUUUUUAAACAUCUACUGAAGUUCUUUUAUUUGUAUAAAAGCAAUAUCACCUAAUCAAAAAUGUCUGCAUGAUAUAUUAUUUUUUAAUUAGUAUGACAAUAUCAUGUGUACCCAAUAUAUGAUUUAUCUGCUGUAUUUUACUCAUUCAGCAUCUGUUCAGUUAGCAGAGAAGUAUCAUUACAACUGUACCAAAGUGUUCUACUUGAAAAAAAAAAAUUAUUUUAAGUCUUUAUGGUGCAGUAAAAAUCUGCAUUCCUGUACAUGUGAUUCUCUAAAACUGUAGAUGUGACCAAAAUGAUCAGAGUUAAUGAUAUUUUCCUUUUCAAUUUCUCCUUAAAGGAUUUUCUGAAAAUUAACUAGACUGAUUGACUGUCUUUAAUAAGAUUAUCAUAAGCACAUAAUGUUUUUAGAAUCUAAAUUCAAAUCAAGCAAUAUUUUUUUAUUACAAGAACUUCUUAAAAUUUUGCAAAUAACUCACGAGUAACAUUUAAUAUAUAUAUAUAUAAACGAUGUCCCGUUAUAUUUAAUUCAUCUCAGUAUUAGAAAAAUCUUCUAAUGGUCUUCCUUCAGUUUUGUUAAUCAGUAAACAUGUGCCAAAUUCACUAAUUUUUCCUCAUUCUAGUAUGGUUGAAUUGAAUAAUUAUAGAAACAGUUGAAAA